AUGUCGGAUAAGACCAAACAAAACUUGCCAUGGGUUGAAAAGUAUCGUCCUGAAAAUUUGGAAGAAGUUUAUGGCCAGGGGGAUAUUGUCAAUACAGUUCGAAGGUUUGUCGAGACUGGUAAAUUACCUCAUUUACUAUUCUAUGGACCUCCCGGUACUGGUAAGACAUCUACGAUUGUUGCGCUUGCACGGGAAAUCUAUGGUCCAAACUAUAAGAAUAUGGUUUUAGAAUUGAAUGCAUCGGAUGAUAGAGGUAUUGAUGUUGUUCGAAACCAAAUCAAGAGUUUUGCAAGUACAAGACAGAUUUUCACUUCGGCCUCGUCGCCUCAGUUUAAGCUUAUUAUAUUGGAUGAAGCCGAUGCAAUGACAUCAGUGGCUCAAAACUCGUUGCGUCGUAUUAUUGAGAAAUUCACCAAGAAUUGUCGAUUCUGUAUUUUGGCCAAUUACUCACACAAACUUAAUCCAGCUUUGAUCUCGAGAUGUACGAGGUUUAGGUUUCAUCCAAUUGAUGAAGAAGCUAUACGAAGUAGGAUCAAUAAUGUGAUCAUUAAGGAAAAAGUUGAUAUUACACCUGAUGCGUUGAAUGCGUUAUUGCAUCUUUCACAAGGAGACAUGAGAAGGAGUUUGAAUGUGUUGCAAGCAUGCAAGGCUGCUGUUAACGAUGAUGAGACAAUUGAUAUCGAUAUGAUUUACAAUUGUGUUGGUGCGCCGCACCCACAGGAUAUUGAGGCAUGUCUUGAUUCUAUUUUGAAAGAUGAUUGGACAACAGCGUACCUGACAUUGACCAAGUACAAGACGGUUAAUGGGUUGGCAUUGGUUGACUUGAUUACAGGGUUUAUAGAGAUAUUGAACAAGUAUGAGUUGAAGCCGGAGAAUAGGGUAUACUAUUUGAAGGGGUUGAGUGAUAUCGAGUAUGGAAUCUCGAAAGGUGGAAACGAUAGGAUCCAAAGCAGCGCUAUAAUUGGUGUGAUAAAGCAAGCCAUGGAGCUUGAAAAGAGUAAUUAA